AUGAACAACGAUCGAAUGUCGUUUCUGCAGAAUGCCACCACGAACACCUGUGAUAAUACUAACCUUUUAGAAGCUAAAAACAACAUCGACCGAACCCAGUUAACCAAGUGCAAUGUUUCGAAGAAAUUGGUCAUCAAGAAUUUCGUCAAGCCCCAACUUUCCGGAGAUUUUCUGCCUCAAACAUGGGAGAAACUUCGAGAGGCUGUCAUUUCAAUUCAAAACUCCAAACCGGCCGGCACUUCACUCGAAGAACUGUAUCAAGCGGUCCAGAAUUUGUGCUCAAACCAAAUGGCAUCGACGGUCUACAUGAAGCUUAGAGAAUUAACGGAUAAUCAUGUGUCAACUGUGGUUCUGCAGUUUCUCCACCCAAACUACGAUAAUCUCACUUUCCUUAAAAUGACUGAAAAGUGCUGGGAGAAUUUCUGCAAUCAAAUGAUUAUGAUCCGUUGCAUUUUCCUUUACCUGGACAGAACAUAUGUCCUUCAACACGCUCAGAUUUCUUCCAUUUGGGACAUGGGAGUAGAAAUUUUCCGCGAGCAAGUGAUAUUUAAUAAUAGUGUUAAGCUCAAAAUCACCGAAUCUAUACUAGACAUCAUCUCCAAAGAACGAAAUGGCGAAAAAAUUGAUCGAAUGCUUUUAAAGAACAUUCUCCGCAUGCUGACUGAUCUGGCAAUUUACAACGACUUGUUUGAAACAAAGUUCCUGAAAGAGUCACAACAGUUUUAUCACAUGGAAGGCGAAAAGAAUAUCCAAGAAAUGAGUAUUGCCGGUUACCUCUGCUACAUUGAUAGACGAAUGAAUGAAGAAAAUGAACGGCUUGCUUCCUACCUGGAUCACUCGACAUCAAAGAGACUUAUUCACAUCGUCGAACGAGAACUGAUUCAACUGCACAUGGAGACAAUAUUCAAAACCAACUUCGAUAAGCUUUUUUCAGAGAGCGAUCACGAGUUGCUGAAGCUAGCUUAUAAUCUGCUUACCCGAGUUCCCGAAGGAACAAAUAAACUGUGCAGCCAGUUCAAUAGCUUCAUCAAAAAUCAGGGAAAGCAAAUUGUAAUUUCAACUGAAGAAAAGGACAAAACCAUGGUUCAAGAACUGCUGGACUUUAAAGACAAGGUGGACGAGAUAGCCAUCAAGUGCUUCGGCCGUAAUGAAAAGUUUAUCAACUCACUAAAGGAAGCUUUUGAGUAUUUCAUCAAUCAACGCACAAAUAAGCCCGCUGAACUGAUCGCCAAGUUCGUAGACAUUAAAUUGCGCUCAGGCAAUAAGGAGACAACCGAAGAGGAGUUUGAGAAGCUGCUCGACAAGGUGAUGGUCAUCUUUCGCUUCAUUCACGGCAAAGACAUCUUUGAGGCAUUCUACAAGAAGGACCUUGCCAAGCGUCUUUUAGUCGGAAAGUCUGCAUCGGUUGAUGCUGAAAAGUCGAUGUUACUUAAGCUGAAGCAAGAAUGCGGCAGUGGUUUCACCUCUAAAUUGGAAGGAAUGUUCAAAGAUAUGGAGCUGUCGCGUGAGCUCAUGCCUACCUUUAAGCAGUUUUUACUCAACACCAACCCAAGUGCCACUGUCGACAUGUCUGUCAGCAUUCUGACCACUGGUUAUUGGCCGACUUAUCACCCGGUGGAGAUAAUCAUGCCCAGCGAGUUGCUUCAGUACGAAGUGGACUUUAACAGGUUCUACACCUCCAAGCACGGAGGCCGAAAGCUUCAAUGGCAGCGAAACCUAGGCAACUUUGUCCUGAAGGCAACGUUCAAUUCGGGCGUCAAAGAGCUACAAGUCUCCUUUUUCCAAGGCCUUGUACUCUUACUCUUCAACAGCACAAAUGAGCUAAGUCUUAGCGAAAUUCGAAAUCAAAUUUCCGAUCCUAAGAAGGCGCUAGAUGAACCUGAGCUUCGAAGAACACUGCAGUCUCUUGCUUGUGGAAAAGCUCGAGUCCUGAUAAAGAAUCCAAAAGGUCGCGACAUAAAUGACCAUGAUAAGUUCACUUUUUGCGGCGAGUUCACCAAUAAACUGUUCAGGAUAAAGAUCAACCAAAUUCAGAUGAAGGAAACAAAAGAGGAAAAUACAAACACCCAAGAGCGAGUUUUUCAAGAUCGUCAGUAUCAAAUUGACGCUGCUGUGGUCCGCAUCAUGAAAAUGAGAAAAAAGUUGCAGCAUAAUUUGCUUCUUUCGGAGAUCUUUAAGCAAAUUAAAUUUCCUGCAACGCCCGCCGAAAUGAAGAAACGGAUUGAAAGUCUGAUCGAGAGAGAUUAUGUGCAGCGGGACAAAGACCAGCCUAAUCUGUACCAUUAUGUGGCUUAG